AUGCAGAACCAACAACUAGUCGAGAUUUUAGAGCACGAGAAGAGCACGUCAGCCAAAUUGGAAGCGGAGUUGGCGAACUUGUGCUUCACUCUCCAGCAUUACCAAACUGUGUUUGCGGACUGCGAGAAAUUGGUCGGGAAAAGAUCUGGCGUAGAUUACUUGGGUGAAUUAUUCAGACUCUUGUUUGAGAUGUUAUCAACAUUGAGUAACACCAAUCAAGAAUUGGAAAGGGAACUAACAGAAUUGGAGAAACCCCAACUUUCGUUCCGAGUGAAAGAGCCUACACUUUGCAAGGUGGAGAUUGAAGAAGUUUGGAAAUUGUACGAUGUAGUGAACACUAAACUUGGAGAAAUCGAUACCUUAAAAAGCAAGAUACGCGACUCGAAGAAGCACAAGCUUUCGAAUACCUAUCCGACAUCUGGUGACGAAGCUUUUAUCAAGGAUGAUAGUCGAGCGACCAUUGAUGUUUCCGCACCCCCACCCACCCCAAUGCCUUUAUCCACAUCAAUGGAGAUUGAUAUUACGUCACCAUUCCUACAGAGAAAGCCAUUGGAAGAAGUUUCAAACUCGUUCUGGAAUAUUUCAACAGAGCAAAAAUUCUUCCAUGGUGAAAAAGUAAAGAGAAAAAGAAGAAGAAAGAGAAGACCAAGAAACAAGAUUACACAAGUUUUUGCACCCACUGACACGGAGAACAUCGAGCCAGAAAGUGAGGUAUAA